AGAGAGGGAACUAUCUCGUUUGAAUCGACGCCCCCCCCCACACCCACUGAACACAUCACCACGUGUUCCUCCAGAACUUUCAGCUGUGAUUUAAAACACCGCCCACAUCUCACUAAAUUAAACCUCUUCAAUUAUACGAAUAAUAAUAUUAACGAUAAAAAACAAAUGACCGAUGAUUUCAGUUCAUUCUCCUCAGGCUCCUGAGGCGCCACCUAAGGGGCCUUUCCCUCCACACAGCAACAGUUGACCCUGACGCUCGUGGGAAGUUGUCGCGUCUUGUCCCAAUGUUGAAGUUGGUCCAACUUCAAAAGAGUUCUCAUGCCGUCGCCGCCAUUGUUUUCCCGGGACACGCUGCGCUCUGAUUGGCUGUUUGACGCACGCGCUCAGAAUGAGCUCCGAGGUUUGUCCAUUCUGUGGGAAAACCUUCAAGCGGUUGAAGAGUCACCUGCCACACUGUAAAGCAGCAAACGCACAAACGAACCCGACCGAACGUCGAGCCAAUCAGACGACAGCGUCUUCUCCGCUGGUCGCAGGUGUCUCUGAACCAACAGCGAAGGGGAAGAAGUCCAGAGAGUCACUGUCGAGUCCACGGGCGAAGAAAAGCACAACAUCCGCACCAGCACAGACGUCUGACGGCACAGAGGCGUUGCUGAGGUCUUCUUCACCUCCUCCGUCAACUAAGAAGAAGAAGCAGAAGCCAACCGAGCAAAUCAAGCUGGCCAGCACGCCCUCCUCCACCACUACCUCCCUCAGCUCCUCUCCGCCGCUGUCUCCGUCUCCACCUUCCACCGUCUCGAAGCCGAAAAAGAAGAGUCUCCGUGCUCUGAUAGAAGCUGCAAAGACGGACCGAGCUGCUGACGGAUCUCUGGAAGGAACCAGAUCCGCCUCAGAAGGCUUGCUCUCAGGUUCCACUCCUGUUUUGGUUCCAGAUCCUCCAAGCUCCAGAACCACAGCACCGACCGAUGCUCCUAAAAAGAAGGCGUCAAAGACGAAGAGGGCUGCACAGCCUCCUUCCACUCCCAAAGACUCUGACUCGUUAGAUUCUGGAUUAAAUAACCGAACCCAUGUAAGAGACGACCUCUGGGUGGAUAACGUGGAGGAAACCAAGGAUUUAAAUGUGACAAUUCUAACAUCGGGAAGUGGUGACCAGGCCAGGAUCACCAUCCAGGACGCUAAAGCCCUUUUAGGCCGAGCUAGAACCAGCACCUCCAGCAGGAGGAGAAUCCUGAGCGAGACUGACACUACCGACGACCUGAGCAGCACAACCAGACUUGAUACUCGUCUCAGUGCAGAGACGAUUCCAGCUGAGACUGGAAAAGAUGUCGUUCGCUGCUUGGUAACAACUCAAACUGUGUCAGAGCAGCUGCUCAGCCCCAGUUCACAACAAACUGAAGUAUUAACAGUGAAGGAAAGAAGCUCCAAGUCUAAAGAAGCGUUUUUAAUUCCUGUGGAACACGACGGUUCCUCUCAACCAAAACUCUUCGUCCCCGAAACUUUACCUCCUCCAGGUUCAGUCGGUGCGAACCAGGGGCAGAAGGUCGGCCGUCACAUGACAGAACUCCUCUCGUUGUCACCGUCAUCCAUCCAGUUCUCCAAUCCUCGUCUUUUACCUCUCGCCACUCAAACGCUGCCGGCGAGGGUGGAGACGUCGAGAGCUGCUGAUAGGCAGAUCCUGGAGGAGAGGAAACAAAACACUGCUCACAAUAGAAAGGAAGAUGCUGUGACACGGCGGCGUCUGGGACAGGUGAGGCUGAGGGAGUUACCUCAGUGGCUCGUCUGCAAAACCCCCAGUCGUCCAAGAGACGCAGUGGAAAUGGUGCAGAGAGGCUGGCAGUGGUAUUACAGGAGAUACAUCGACGUGAGGAAAGGUGGUGUGGGCGGACUGGGCAUGCUGUUAGCAGGAUACUGUGUGCUAAGCUACGUCUGGAGUUACCCUCAUAUAAAGCACGAUCGAUGGAGGAAGUACCACUAAGGUCGAGGGAAGAUGUGAGGAAAAGAGAGUGUGUACAUGGAAACAACAGCUGUAGCAGGAGGAGGCUUCAGGUUUUGGUAAAAGGAGCCUUAUCAAGGUUUUUCUGUUUUUUUACAUAUUUCAUGCACAGCUUCUAGUCUGACACGGCCCCAAACAAAGUCAGGAAACCCGAGAGCGGAGGCCGACGUUUCCUUUAAGCACUGGAAGCUGUUGACUAAUCAAGACAGAGUGAACCAGUCGGCCAAUUCAGAUAUUUGUAGUUUAAUGCUCACUUGACCUGGACAGAACAUCUGAAAGCCUCUGGGCACACCACCGCAGUUUAAUCUAUUUAUUUUAUUAGGUUUUCUAUUUAUGUAAAACUAGAUCUAGAGAAAUAUUAUUUAAAAAAUCAAUUGGGAUAAUUAGAUGUUUUUUAGUUGAACACAUUUUGUUUUAUCAAUGAAAAAUAGUUUCAGCUGUGUCCCCGGGUCUCCACUAGGGGUCAUUGUUGGGUUGUGCUAAUAACAUUGUGUGGGUUGGGCAGUCCAGAGUUUUCUUUGCUCCUUUGUGCAGAGGCUUUGGUGCUGAGGUCCAUAAGAGGAUUUAAGGGAACCAACUGUUUUUAACUUGAUAAAAAUCUUUGUGAGGAAUGUGAGAUGUGGAGAAACAUAAAACGUGACACUCCCUCACGGCAGCGUUCAUGAGGAGAUGCUAUCUGUGAAGCAGAGGGUCGCAAAUCUGUUUUUCCUUUGGAAACUCUUCCCCUGUCACAGGAUGUUACUAUGCAUGCUGAGUGUGUAAGUGGCUGAGUGUGAACACUCGCUGAAUAGUAAUGGAGGGACACUGAAGGAGGCUCUCAGCCGGACUGCACCGGUUUCUCAUUGUAUUCAAAAUGAAUUUAUUGUUGACUCCCCUCGCUGCUGUAGUGGACACACACGAGCUACAAAUGAAGAAAUGACAGUAUUUUUGUAAUUUUCUUAUUUUUUUUCUGAAGCUGCUUCUUGGCAAACACAAUAAAAAAUAAUUUCCAUUUUCUCAUGUGUUGUUUCUUUACAUUCUUAUUUUUCUCCAUACAAAAUUAUAAAUAUUUUGUGUUCCACUUUUCAAUUUUUUGUACAAAACAACAAACUACACAAAUCAAGUGAGACAGAACGACAGUGAAAAUGGAGGCAGAAAAACAAAUCCCCACUGAAAAUAGAGGAGAAGACGCGGUAAUGUUCCUGCCGGGCCCUCGGACACUGAUAUGUGUCCAGGUCACACAAUGUUUCACCGACAGUCGCUGGACACGUCCCUAUUUUGUGCAGGUCUAAAACUACGUGCUGUAGAGGCACAACAUCUUGCAGCUACUCCUGCAACAGCCACUGGCACUCAAACACACACAGACACAAAAAGAAGACGAUGACAAAUGAGUUCUUCAUCACCCCGUAUAAAAAGGCCUUCAGUCUGCAGUGUAGCUUACUGGCAAUCAUAUUUCACAGACAGGUUAUAAGAGGAAGGUGGUGUGAUCCAGAAUCAACCCCAGGGGCAGUAAAACACUGUAGGUUAAACCUAAGCUUUGGUCCUGUGUUGGGUUUGGCAGACAAAUCGCCUUUUCUUGCUUUGCACCGAUUUCUGUGGACGUUAACACAAAAGAUUGUUGCUCCAAAAAAAAUCAUUGUUUAGGAUUAAAUCUUAGUCAGAAUGAAAUAUCACAGUCAGUUAAGUUUUGGCUCUAAUAACUAAAUGAAAACUAAAAAAUCCUCAACAUUAAUGGGAAUUAAUGUUGUUUCACUCCUGGACAAAGAAAUACAAAUCUGAGGACGAUUCUGGACGACCACACUUUCUCCUGGUAAAUUUUGGUUGAUCUGCUGAGAGGGAAAAUGCAUGUUAACAAAAGACUGGCGAGUGAGAGAAACAUCCAGGAGGUGUGAGCCAACACCUAAAAUCAGGGGUGUGGAAAUCAAACUACAUGAGAAUGUAGUGACGGAUCAGUGAGCACGUUUGCAGAUCAACGUACAAAUCUGAUCGAGAUGUCAUGGUAUUCAAGCAUAGAUAUGAUCAAUACAAAAUAAAAUGCAGAAGGCAGACAAACAUACAAUCAUUACACUUCAAGGUGAUUUAACAUAACGACGGCGUCAGAAUCAUUGCAACGAGCAGAACAGUCAAAUUUUCUAAUAAUUAGGAAAAUAAAAAAA